AUGGAUUGGGGUUUAUCUUCUUUUUCCCCAAUUUUCUUCGCUCUUAUUUCUCUCGCACUUAUUCCUCGACCUUUCUCUCUUAUUCCCACUCAUUCUUUCUUCCACCCCUCAUUAAUUUUCAUUUUCUUUGAAUUGUCUCUCCUUCUUCACUAUUCUGUAUAUAGACAUUACUGUAACUUCUUUUUCUUUUUCUUGCUUUUCUUUUCCUCCUCCUAUUUCUUCUUGUUGUUGCUGUUGUUCUUUUUCUUCUUAUUUUCGUCCCCUUUCUCCUUUUCCUUCUUCUUCUUCUUCUUCUUCUUCAUUUCCCUUCUAUUUAAUUUUGUGUUUCUAUUUGUUCUUUUUUCUCUUUCUUCUUCUAUUUCUUUUUCUUUUUCCUAUGUUUCUUCUUUUAAUUGUUCCCCUCAUAUUUCUUCUUCUUUUCUCCCCUUCUCCUUUUCCUUCUUCUCUUCUUCUUCUUCUUCUUCUUCUUCUUCUUCUUCUUCUUCUUCUUCUUCUUCUAUUUCUUUUUCUUUUUGUUAUGUUUCUUCUUUUAAUUAUUCCUCUCAUAUUUCUUUCUUCUUUCUCCCCUUUCUCCUUUUCCUUCUUCUUCUUCUUUCUUCUUCUUCUUCUUUUUCUUCCUUUUUUUCUUCUUAUGUUUCUUCUUUUAAUUAUUCCUCUGAUAUUUCUUCUUCUUUUCUUUUCCUUCCUUCUUCUCCUUUUCCUUUCUUUUUCUUUUUUCUUUCAUCUUCUUCUUUUCUUUCUUCUUUUCUUCUUCUUCUUCUAUUUCUCUUUCUUUUUCUUAUGUUUCUUCUUUUAAUUAUUCCUCUGAUAUUUCUUCUUCUUUUCUCUCCUUUUCCUUCUUCUUCUUCUUCUUCUUCUUCUUCUUCUUCUUCUUUUCCAUUUCUUUUUUUAUUAUUCCUCCCAUUUCUUCUUCUUUUCUCUCCUUCUCCUUUUCCUUCUUCUUCUUCUUCUUCUUCUUUUCUUUUUCUUUUUCUUAUGUUUCUUCUUUUUUAA